AUGAAGCCUCUAUCGCUAGUGCUUGCGGUGACUCGCCUAAGUACUCUGGUUGCAGCGGACUGGCAAUUCCGAUCUCGUCCAGAGCUAUCUGUUCCUCGACUAAACAUUACCGUCCCAGCUUCCUCUACAAAGGUGGAAUCGGGGUUCAUCUUCAUUGCACCUUACCAAGGGUUUAUCCAAGGCUCAUGGGGUCCCCAACAGCCGGGUGCGUAUAUCUUCCGCGACAACGGAGACUUGAUUUGGUCUAGUAUCGGCUAUUUUGGCGGUUGGGUUGCCAAUUUUCAAGCUAGUGUGUGGCAGGGUAAGCCGGUCCUGAGAGCAUUCGAAGGGCUUCUGGAUCAAUCUCAUGGACGUAUGUACGGAAAACACACGAUACUGAACGACCGAUACCAAGUCGUCCAGACAGUUAGACCCGCAGCGCACAAACUCGUCUCCUGUCACGAGUUCCGUGUCCUUGACAACGGAAAUGUCCUAAUUGAGACUCCCAUUGCUGUUCCAACAGAUCUCUCGCGCUGGGGAGGACAAGAGGGUCAGAACUGGAUCGUUUCAAACGGAUUUCAGGAAAUCAACAUCGAGACGGGUGACUUGAUCUUUGAGUGGUACAGUCUCGACCAUGUAGAUCCAAAAUAUUCUGCAUUCCCUCUUGCUGAGCAGGGUGCCUUUAACUCGCGCAAUUCGACCGAUGCUUGGAAUUAUUUCCACAUCAACAGCGUCGACAAAGACGACCAGGGCAAUUACCUUAUAUCUGCUCGCAAUUACCGAGCCAUCUUCAAGAUCGACGGCAAGACUGGCAGAAUCAUUUGGCAGCUUGGUGGCGUCCACGGGUCCGAUUUCAUCAUUCCGAAAUCAUUAGAAUUUGCCUAUCAGCACGAUGCACGCUUUCAUUCACGGUCAGAUAAGGACGACACCGAAAUAAUCUCUUUCUUCGACAACGCCGCACACUCAGAGCGCGACCGUGAGAUCAGCCCGUUCUCCCGCGCACGCAUUGUGCUGCUGGACCACUCAACCGGCGAGGCUUCAGAAAUACAAACGUACCCAGCUCCAGAUAGUCUAUUGACUCGCAGCCAGGGCAACGUCCAGGUUUUACCGAACAAGAAUGUAUUUGUCAAUUGGGGUGAGGCUGGAGCCAUCACCGAAUUUGCCAAAGAUGGUGAAAUUCUGUUCCAUGCCUACCUGGACUACGAGCCGGCAGGUAAGUUGGUCCAAAGCUAUCGCGGCUUCAGAUUCAAUUGGACGGGCAGUGCUUCUGAGGAGCCGGCCAUCGUAGCUCUAAAGGCUGAUACACGAGAAUCUUCAAUUUCCAUUCACGUAUCCUGGAACGGCGAUACCGAGACCGACACGUGGCGUUUCUACUCUGAGGAGAAGUCCGGCCAUCUCAUUUCAACACAUGUACUAGGCCACUCGAAGAGGAGAACCUUUGAAACGAGUUUCAAGGUCGACAACAUGGCGAUACUCACAAGUUCAGAAAGUGUGCAGUUCUUUGCGGAGGCCUUAGACGUGUAUGGCAAAGUCAUCGGCAAAACACGUACCACAGGGGUCAGUCUUGAUGCGUGGGAUCAAGAAAUUCCAUUGGAGUCGGAAACUCCUCAGGAGGUCCUGAAACAGCCGGGUUGGUUGUCCAGGCACAGUGGUUUGAAGGUCUGA